UGUUCUUAUGACGUUUCCGGUAUCAGGAAAAAGAAACCAGAAUAUUGCCGUCUGCUACAUCCAAGCAUUAAUAAGGAAGGAAGCAUGCCGACGUCAAGCCAGGCCAUGAUACUGCGAGGCACAGAAACGGUACGAUCCCCAACAGUCACGGUCAGUUAUAAGAACAUAACACCAUUUAGUAAAGUCGACCUUUCAUACCAAAAGACGCCUUUAGGGAGAGGUGAGAGGGUGCAGUUUGAUAUAAGUGUUUGCCCAAAGCACGAAAAGAGCAUAGAUGGUUUCGAAGGAGUUUAUGCUUAUGAUCACGAGACGCAAACCUACCGAUGGCAACUGUUCACGGUUUCUCCAAAGGCACUGACUGACUUUGCUAUAGAUAAACAUGAAAUUGGUGAUUGUAAUUCACAUGAUGAAACUAACGCUAAUACUAAUGACAUAAUGAGACAAUCUUCAUUUGAUAACGGACAUUUUACAACGCCUACAGAAAGUAGGAUUGAUAACACACCUGUCGAUUAUAAACAUGGUUGGCAAAUAAAAAGUCCUAGAGGAGAAACAGACUUUAUGGACGACGCCGUAUACCGACGAUUUGAAGAAUUAGGCUUCCGGCGAAGGACAACACGUACACCGAGAGGAUCCGUCGUCCGCGCAAAUCGACCGAAACCGAGUGCACGGAAAUCACCGCGAAGGAGUACCUCCGAAUUGAUAGAUACUAAAUGUGUACCGAAGCUUUCUGUAAGAGAUCUGAACAGAGAGUCACCCCUGAAAGAGAAUAUAUCAACCAAUAGUUCAUUUUUCCUGCCCCAGUCGUUUGUCAGUGGAGGGUCAAUGAGGAAGAGAGUUAUUCCUGUGAAACAGAAGUCGUUGUUGGACGAAGUGAAGGAAUCAGUUAACUGGGCAAACAGGGUUACGCCUUCGACUCACCACAAGAACGCGCCAAGACUCGACUUGAAAAAUGCCGUCUGCUUCAGUCUACGUGACAGCUGGAAAUACGAUCACGUGCAACUCAAACAUCUGGUCGAAACACAAAUUCUACGUGAGGUAAGAACCCUUCAGUUUGACCCAGUUUCUCUUCGAUUAUCUGACGGAAGCGUCCUUGACCGAUGGAUAGUAGGGUUCGAGCAUAACGGAGACUGUACGCGUGCAAUCGAGCAGGGGUUGUCUGUGGAUGGUGACAAAGUAGUGGUUCGAUCCUGGGACGACAUUGUGAAGGAAGAACAAGGUGAAGAUUGGGAGUACCCGUGUAGCUAUAGAAUGUCGUCUUCUAAACAUGACCUAGUUAUCAGAAAAUUCCUGCAAGUGCACUGAUUUAUAAGAACUGUCCGUUUGCGUUAUUCAAGUGUUUAAUGUGAAGGUCACAAAAGUGGCGAUAUUACAUAUAUUUUCGUUGUUUUUGUUGUUAUUAACAGGGAAAAAAAUUUCAACUAUCAUGUAAUGACCAUUCGAUAAGUAAGUUUCAAGUCAUCUGUUAAACUGCUUUGCAGUAUAUAAUAUAUAGCAUUUGUAAAAAAAAAUAUGUGAAUGUGUCAUGAGAUUUCUUUAAUAAAUCAUUACAUAAAACAUAA